UCGACCUAUCGUGAUCACUAGAAGUGAAUUUCAGUCAAAGUUCAAAAAACAAAAAAAAAUCUUUAAAAUGUUCAAAUUGAUCGUUCUUGCUGGCCUCAUCGCUGUCGUCUGCUCAGCUCCCUUAGACGACUCCGCCAAUGCCCAAAUCUUGAAAUACGAAUCUGACAACAUUGGAGUCGAUGGAUACCGUUUCGCCUAUGAAACCAGCGAUGGUGUUACCCGCGACGAAGAAGCCCAAUUGAAAAAUGUUGGCACUGAAAAUGAAGCCAUCUCAGUCCGUGGCUCAUACUCGUUCGUUGCUCCCGAUGGCCAAACAUACACCGUCACCUACGUUGCCGACGAAAAUGGCUUCCAACCCGAAGGCGCCCAUUUGCCCAAAGCCUUGUAAGGAGUGAUCGUUAAAGUGUGGAUGAUGAUUGGAAGUUCCUGUGAAUAACUGAAAAAUGUACAUAAAAUCUGGAUUUCUUUAAAAAAAAAAUAAUUUAAACUUACCUGAGAAUUAAAAUACUCAAUUGUGUGCCAAAUGUCUACUGUCUCCGUUUAUA